GACCCACCCAACCCAUAUUGCAAUGUAACAAGUUAAGACUAGCAUUUCAUAUCUUUCUCCUUCUCUCUAUAAGCCAAAAGGGAUCAAUUGAUUCAUCAUGUCUUUUGUUGUGGCAGAAGAUGUGAGGAAGAGGGCAAAAAUGUACUAUGGAGAUGAAAUUUGCCAAGUGAAGUCAAGGGAGAUGCUAAAGGAAAUGGGCCUUCCUAAUGGUCUCCUCUGCUUGAAGGACAUCCAGGAGUGUGGCUACGACAAGGAGUCUGGCUUUGUCUGGCUCAAGCAGAAGAAAAGCUACACUCACAAAUUUGAGAAAAUUGGAAGGCUUGUGUCCUAUGCACCUGAGGUCAGUUGCCAUAUUGAAAAGGGUAAGAUCACAAAACUUGUUGGGGUUAAGUCUAAGUACCUCAUGAUUUGGAUUGGGAUCAGCGACAUUUAUGUCGAUGACCCACCCACUGGCAAUAUCACCUUCCAGAUCCCUUCCGGCCAAUUUAAGAAACAUCCUAUCUCUGCCUUUGAUAUUGAGGAGGAUGCCAAGGAGAGUAAGCAAGUUAAAGAGGUCUAAUAUCAUAUAUCAUUAUGUGUUAAGGAGGUGGUUGUGUUGCCAAAGUUCAUCAAUAAAUUUAUUUCUAUUGUUACCCUUUUGUAUCAAUCUUAGCAAGCCUUUUAUGGCUUUAUAUUAUAGAUAAUGAACCAUCCUCUUGUUAUCAUAAUGCCAAUUUGAUUUCAUAAAUGCAUUUGUUGUUAAUCUUUUUUCC